UUUUAAUAAUAUUUUCUGUAUUGUCUCGAGUUCUGAGUUGWCAAAAUUUUCCGCCGAAAUGAAAUCGUACUUGUCAUGGCAGCUGAAAGAAGUCUKAUUCGUGUUUUGACUAAAUUAUUGAUAUGUUAAUGGCAAAAUACAAUAACUUGGUAAKGCAAAAAGAGAUUUCUUUUUUAGAACAUUUUGAAUGAGAAGAUUACYGCAAAUGAGGAUAUUCUUUCCAGUAAUCCGCUCAAAACAAACUAAUGCGCAGAGGUUUUGUCCUUUAGACACAAUUGACUUUCAAAAACAGUCAAGAAUAGUUCAUUUCAAAAACAUUCUCAAAAUUGUAGGUAAAUUUGAGCUCUAAAAUGGAGCAUUUUGAAAACACGGACGUCAUUUCUAUUUUUGAGCUCAAGUCCAGUAUCUCACGUCCAUAKGAUAUUGAUCAAUGGGCGGGUUUGUGACGGUUUAAAACGCAUAAAAAACGCUAAUGUCGACGUUAAGUAAUUGAUGUUUUUUAUUUGAAAAGCAAGACCGGAGCUCUUUGAAAGCUUAUCAGAAUGGCAUGUCACUUCCACGCAUUGUAUUUCCAGGCUUUGUGUGAUAGGAGCUGAACCGCGUGUGGGAACGGUGCGGCGGUAGUCACAAUCAAAUAAUAACACUAAUGACGAUCUGGAAAGAUUUGAAAACAUAUUCAAAUAAGCAGCUUUUUAUUGUCUUUGGUUAAUUAACAGCCUCUUGAUUUAGAUUCAAAAUACAAGAGAGGGACAAAAUGGAUUAUUUAAGGAGUCACCAGAGGGUCAGAGCUUUUCAGUUUUUUAUAUAUCGAAGUAUAUGUGGAGUUGGGCCAAGGCUAACGUCGUGAAUAUGCAAAAGGCAUAUAUAGAGAGAAUUUAUUUGUGCUUAAGUAACCGAGACUGAAGUAAUGUUUUACAAUAUUGUUUCUUCUCUCACUACUUCCUGCCUCCAUCUUGGAAAUGUAUAUUUCUGCUCAAAGCCAUGCGUAUAACUUUCCGGAAAUGACGUUGGAUGUUCUGGUCGAGAUACCAGCAAUAUUCAUGUCGACAUAAUUGCUAACAUAAGAGAAAAGUCGAGAUUUAUGUCGACAUAGCAACAAAAGAAAAUGAAAGGCUAUGCGGGGCUCCGCGACUAUUUCUUUCRUAAUACAAUGUCUCGCAGAUGGCAAAGUUGCUUAAAAUUCUCUCAGCGAAUUAGCAUAUAAAAAUUGUAUCCUCUUGUGACUGAAAUGAACGCCGGUUUACUUGAAUGUUUCCUGUCGGAAUUGUAAGUGCUUUCAUUUAACACAUGAGAAUCCAUUCGAAAAUCCUGUCUGAGUAUUUGCUUGUUCUCAAGGGAUUGUCAUUCGUCUCUUCUUUGUAAUGUAGUUAUUUCAUUAGUUGAAAAUGAGAACAAAUUUUUUUCUAAAACAGAUUUGUUUUUAGCGCUAUAAACGCUUAAAAGUUUCAUUCCAUGACUUUGCCUUUAUUGUGGUAACAUCAUCCUCGUAAAUUUGUCCAUAAAUCACGUCUAGGUUUGAUAAUUCCAAGUAUUUGAGUUUGUUUUUGCUCUGGAAAUUAAAACAUCGGUUUCCGUCCAAUAAAAGAUUGAUUUUCUCUCAACAGCAACCUUACUUCACCUGUCUAUUGUCAGUUAAUUAUUGAUUGGAUCGUACCGCAGGUGUCGUSAGAUAAAUCAGCCAAUCACAGCUCUGAUUUCAUCKAUAUUACCCAAUCAUGACCCGGCUUUGAUUAUCGCGUGUGUUCAUUCGUGAACAAGACAAUCAUAUUGAUGUCAAGACCGCUGUGUGGGAGGAUUGAGGCCUCGAGUCRCUUAAUUGUAAUCAACAUAAUAUUUCAUGCACGAAUUAAAAUGAUUAAUAUUCAUGAGUCCUUAUCUACUAGUGACACUGUUUCUUCUGUGUCAGUCUCUGUAUGCUCCUCUGCUGACAUYUCACGAUUCGCUAUGACUCCGAAAAAGCGGAAUAUUUCACACAGCGAUCCUUUGCUCGAUGCGAAAACUAUCCUGGAUGGGAAGGAAAAGGCCCUGGUUGAAGACCCUCCAUUUAAACUUAAAGAUAUAAAAGAUGCUAUCCCGGCUCACUGUUUUGAGAAAUCGCUUGUGAAAUCCACUUUUUAUCUGAUCGUUGACCUAGUGUUAGUUUUCGGUCUGUUGUACCUGGGUUUAUUAGUCUACAACUCAAGUCUACCCUGGACUAUUAAGGUUAUUUUUUGGCCUGUAUAUUGGUUAUGUCAAGGCUGUGUGUCAUUCAGUGUUUGGAUUAUUGCACACGAGUGCGGACAUUACUCCUACUGUGACAAUAAAACCAUAUGUGAUUGGCUUGGACUAGUGCUACAUACCUUCCUUUUAGUACCAUACCAUUCCUGGAGAAUCAGCCACUCAAARCACCACAARAACACCAAUCGUAUGGAAGGAGACGAAGCUUUUGUUCCCAUGACCAGAAGCGAGCUAGAGGCAGAGAAUAAUAUCGAAUUCCCUAGUUUUAUUCGAAGAUUUGGCCACACAUUUCGCUAUCUGACAGUUGGAUUCCCAGCGUACCUUAUGUUUCACGCGCGGGGCCGUAAGUAUGAAAAGCACGUUGACCAUUUUAUCCCRAAAGGUCCGUUAUUUAGUAGUAAGGAGUACCUAGACGUCGUUAUCAGCGAUAUAGGAAUUUUACUUUGGAUUGGGAUCUUGGGUUACUUAGCAUCUGUAUAUGGUCCUUUGUGGGUCGUUUUUCUAUAUGGUGUUCCUUACCUUAAUGUAAAUAUGUGGCUCGUUAUUGUAACGUACCUCCAACACACCGACAUAAAGGUACCUCAUUAUGACGAUGAAGAAUGGACCUGGCUAAAAGGUGCCCUGUGUACUAUGGAUAGGGACUAUGGUAUAUUGAACUAUGUGUUYCAUAAUCUCACUGACGCACACGUGGCACAUCAUUUAUUCUCGUAUAUGCCUCACUACCAUCUUAAAGAAGCUACACGAUAUAUUAAACCAAUCCUUGGCAAGUACUAUAAUUAUGAUGACACCCCGGUCUGGAAGGCCCUAUGGAAGAGUGACUCGUACUGUAGGUUCGUCGAGGACCAUGGAGGUGUUCGUUGGUACAAAUAUCAUAAAGAACAAUAACAGACUGAAAAGGACCGUCCGUCAUCGUUAUAGGACUAUCUCUUUAUGGGACGCUAUAUUUAUGGGACUAUCUCUCUAUGGGACGCUAUAUUUAUGGGACUAUCUCUUUAUGGGACGCUAUAUUUAUGUGACUAUCUCUUUAUGGGACAUUAUCUUUGUUGGACUUUUUAUUGUAUUUAAAGGCUGAAAUGGGAUGUGUUAUGGGCUCAAAGGAACACUAUCACCAAGAGCUCAAAGGAUCGCUUUAUGGGGUAGCUUAGAAUUUAUUAUUAACGAAUCUAUAAUUUUUAUUUGUCUUGAAGGAGCAGAUAUUUCCAUUCUUAUAACUAGAAGAAUGAAUGCAAAUUAUYGAAGUAAUUUGAAACAUUUUCAAGRCAUUUUUUAAACACAACGUAAUCUCUUUUAUAUKUAACGUCCGAUAGUCUAAUAAUGGUCGGUUAUUUUUGUUCUAGGAUAUAUAAUUUGCAAUGUUUGAAAGGAUGUUGUAAAUAUUUGGUAAUUAAGCUGUCUAGAACUGCGAUAAUGAAUACACAUCGCUUGAAUUUUACUUAGCGACUCAAAGAUUUGUUGAUUUUGUUAUGCUUUAAUUUAUUUAGAGGAAAAUKAUUUCUUCUUCUGUAUAAAGUGUAAUUAUGCUCGCGUCGGAAGUGAAUUUAUAACGAAAAUCUGAGAGACAAAGCGUUCUAAACCAGAUGCUUUUUUUUUCUAUAAGAAAUUUUAGGACCGAAUUUUGUUUUCUUUUGGCGUUUUGUUUAUUAAGAUUUUUUAUGUAGCUUUGUGCUUAUGUUUUGGUCUUUACUUUUGUUUUUAUUUUGCUUUUUAUUUUCCAUUAAGAAAAAAWAACGGACGGCUUUGACGCGCGCGCGUAUUUUCGGCGCGAAACACUUAAAAGGUUUCUAUCACACAUAAGCCAAUCAAAUGUGAGCUUUAGUUUAAUGCAAUAAAGUAGGACGCUGUUAUGAAAGUACUUUAUUCAAAUAAUACUAGACUUUUAACAUAUUUAUCAUCAUGAAAUACCUUAUAUUUGUAAAUAUUGAACUUUCAAUUUUGAGAUAUUUAAAUAUAUUUGACAGAAAUUAUCUGCAUAUGGUAUAUUGCAUAUAGAUAUGAUUUCAAAUAAAUUGUAUGUAGACAAUAUUAUGAAACUUCCACUAAUAAAUUCUUUCCUCUUUCACAGACGUGUUUUUGUUAUUAAAGCUUCAAAAACCAAGUCUUCAAAAGGCCAAAGUAGGCUCAAUAAGUCUGUAUUUUUUUUCCUUUUUUUACAUUAUUCAGUUUAAGUACUGUCUUCUUUUCCAAGWGCACAAGAACUCAAACGGAACUUCCGAAGAAAACGGCUUUCAAUUAAAAUUUGAUAGAUUAUGUCUAAGCAUAUAACGUCCUAUAGAAUCAUAAUUUUGCUUAGAAAAGCGGUAAAACGCGCCAUGGGAUGGAAAUUAGUAGUUUUAUCGGACAAGAUGCGAAACAUUAAACAUUAUUCAAUCGUAAAAGAAAUUGUUUAUCACAAGAGACUCCUAUUAUCGAUUCAUUCCGCCUGCUCUAAGCCCAACCCACGGUAUAGACGCUKUGAAUGACACAUAAUUGUACUGUCCAUUAACCUUCAUUUAACGAUCUUUCGCUUGAAUACUCGGUAUUUAAUACUCUCUAAGUAAAAUAUUAAUGAGUUUUUCGCAUAUAAUUAUAUGCUAUCAAGUUUGAGCUUGUAAACAGUCGGCCUGUGAAUCAGUCGGAAAGUUCUAGCGAAUAAACUGUUAGCAUUAAAAAGAGAAGAAAAUUGCUGAAGCUGCAAAAAUGUUACAGGGUUUUUUUUAUCUUGUACCUUCGUAAGCUGUUCAUCGUCAAUAUACUUGUC